CAAGAAUGCAGCGCAGCGGCGCAAAAUUGACCAAUGGUUGAAAUGAAGUGAAAUCUAUCGCACGGUUCCUUUCAUCUAUCUUCAUUUUAUCGUUUUACCCAAUCUGUCGUAGGCCAUUUUGUACAGUGUUCAAGCAGCUGUAGGAAUGAUAAUUUUCAUUCGUUUGAACCGAAGUGUCAGAACCAAGUAAUUGAGAGUAUCGUGAAAUAGUUGACACUGAAGGAAACCAUGUGAAUCGGAUAAUAAAUGAACAAUCAGGAGUUAGCAAAAUUGGAAACUGUUAAAAAUUUACUGUCUCGUGAAACAAAGAACUUUUCCGAAACUUUUUAAUAACCUUGGCCUGAGCAGUAUAGCAUGGACUUGGAUUGAUGGAGUUUGCAGUUUUUUCUUGUCCUAAUGUAUCAGGAUUAAUGGAAAAUUGCAAUUUAAAUUGCAUGGAAACUGAAGUUAUCCACGAAUCUGGUGCGCCAUGAAUAUUCAACUUGGCACACGACUGAUGUCAUAAUUAGGAAGUUAGAUAAGCUCAACUUGUUGUGUAGUUGGAGAAGCAUCCACGAUUGAACAAUGAGCAAUGACAACAUGCAAAAUCAACAGCAUCAUCACUCCGGGGACGUCGAGUUAGCACCCACGCUACCUGUUUUCCCAAAUUCAAGCAAACCCUGUGUAAACGUGUGGAUGGACAAAAUGAGUAAGGGUUUACUAUCUUGUACACACUUUAAAGAGCACUGGAGAAUUUGGGUCCCAAAAAUAUAUAGCCCUGAACCAAAUGGCAGCUGCUUAAAUUGGAGUUUCGAUGAAGAAAAGGCACAGAAAAUUCUUUAUAAUACUCUGGAAGAGUUCAUUUGUAAUGGAAAUCCCCAAGAAGUACUGCGGCAACUUAGCCAGCUGGAUAAUCCACCCUCUGUUUGUGGAAAAGUAUUCAAAAUGGGUGAACCAAACUAUAGUUGCAGAGAAUGUGGCAUGGAUUCCACCUGCGUAUUAUGUGUGGAUUGUUUCAAACAAUCGGCACAUCGUAAUCACAAAUACAAAAUGGGAACUUCAGGUGGAGGAGGAUGCUGUGAUUGUGGAGAUACUGAAGCAUGGAAAAAAGAGCCAUUUUGCGAAAUACACUUAGCUGGAAUUAAAUUUAAAGUAGCACCCAGUAAUAGAUUGCCAGAAGAUAUCGCGGAGAGAGCUGUAGCUACAUUUGAAGCGGUACUAAAAUAUUCCUAUGAGCUCCUCUCCUUGGAACAUUCACCAGGAUUACCAUCAGACUUAUGUCUCAAAGAGACGGAUGAGGAUCCACUGUCAUUGCUGGCUACGACCGAUACUUAUUGCACGGUUUUAUUCAAUGACGAAACACAUACGUUCGAACAAGUUAUCACCACGUUGUCAAGAGUGAUAAAAUGUUCCCAGCGAGAUGCUAUCGAAUUUGUUACAAACAUCGAUAGAGAAGGGAGAGCGGUAGUAAAAUGUUCAACUUUUCAGCAUUGCAACGAACUAAAAUCUGAGAUAGAAAGAUUUACCUCAAGACACGGCGGUCGGCCACUCAAGGUGCUAGUUAUGCAUGCUCACGUAGUUGCUCAUCAGUUAUUCGCGAUGAAACUCCUGGCAUGGCUGCAACAAUUGAUGGGACACUCUGAAGGUUUCAGGAUAUUAUUCAGCGAUGUAGCCUUACAUACAAAACUCCCCGAAGUAUCAAUCGUCGAGGGAAUUCUUCUGAGAGAUGCACAGUUAUGGAAAUCUGCACGAACCGCGUGGCAUAGACUUUUUAUUUCUGGAAUGUUGAUGGAGUAUGAAAGCAAGAAAGCACUAGCGUCGGUAUUUACAUCCAACUAUGGCUAUGUCAUGAAAGAUUUUAUCAGAGAUGACCACGAACACACUUUCUCUAUUGCUUCGCUAUCCGUUCAAUUAUUUACCGUUCCCACGCUCGCGCAUCAUCUAAUCGCACGCGACGAUGUCCUAUUUAUACUGUUAAAUACAUUUAUAUCCGAAAGUUCUAGAAAGUGUAAUGCUCACGGUAAAUUAGAAUUUGAGAGAAGUACUCCCAACCAAACAUUCAAGAGGGCACAAUCCAUUCUCAAUGAUCUGAGAUAUUUACUCAGUGCUAAACCAGACGUAUGGUCGGAUGAUUUACGGCGGGGAUUUCUACAGGGUCUCUCAUUGUUGUUGACUUUGCUUUGCAGUAUGCAAGGAAUGGAUGCAGUCUCCAGGCAAGUUGGACAGCACAUGGAAUAUGAACCAGAAUGGGAAUCUGCCUUCAAUUUGCACAUCAAGUUGGCACCGGUCAUCAGUCUGGCUCUUCAAUGGUGUGGCUCGGACAGAACUGUCCUAAUCAAAGCAUUUAGGCUGGUUUUGAGGAAACUCCAUGAUCUACCUGGCACCGACCCUGGCCCAAAACAAGUCAGAGAACUUGCUACUCAUAGCGCGUUGUGCUUGCAAUAUGAUGUUUCAACGGAACCCGUUUCCAUACAUCUUCCUCUGUCAAGAUUUUUAGCUGGUUUAUUUCUCUACUUGGAAAAGUAUGGUCUGGAAUUUCAGAGCACAGAAUUUAUGAUCCCAACCAAACCGACUCCUGAACAAAUUGUGGAACCUGUUCUCAGAACCCAGUCAAUGAUUUCACAAGUUCACGCUGGUAUGUGGAGACGAAAUGGAUACUCGUUAUUGAACCAGUUGUACUUUUACCAUAACGUUAAAUGCCGAACGGAAAUGUUAGACCGAGAUAUCAUCCUUCUCCAAACUGGGGCCUGUUUGAUCGAAAGCAAUGCAUUUCUAAUCCAUUUGUUGAGUAAAUUUAAUCUUCUCAACUGGGCAAACAAAGAAUUUGAAGCCAGCACUGUGAAAAACCCUGAGGAAGACAGCAUGAGGCAGACUAUCAAUUUGGUGGAGGAAUUUUUGGGGUUACUGAUCACUAUUAUUGGAGAAAGACAUAUACCUGGAGUUGGAAAUACCACUGCUGAUGACAGAAUUAAAAAAGAAAUUAUUCAGCAACUUUGCAUCAAGCCUCUGCCUCAUUCGGAGUUAAACAAAACUUUGCUCGAUGACGUACAUAAUGAAACUGGAAUGGAGAGAGUGAUCGACGAACUUGCUGACUUUAAAAAACCGUUGCCAACUUCUAGUGGAAAAGGAGUUUACGAACUAAAACCGGAAUUUUACGCCGAGUACAAUGUAUUUUUUUAUCAUUACACCAGAGAAGAGUUGAGUAAAUCUGAAGAGGCUCAGCGUAAAAGGCGGAAAGCAGCAAAUGAAUUGGAGUGUUGUCCUCCACCCAAACUACCGAAAUUAACAGAAGCUUACAGUUUGGUGGCAAAUCUACUACAAUGCGAUGUCAUGCUGCAUCUAAUGCAUACGGUCCUCGAACGCGCACUUAAUUUACGAGCCAGAAGUUUUUCAGAGCCUCAAGUACAGAAACUACUUCAUCUGAUCGGUUACGCUUUGCAAGAAGAGGAAUCUGGCAACUAUCCAUUUCUUCUUUUCACCGAGCGGUCUGCCAAGUGGGAUAUUUACAACCUACUGGAACAAUUAGCAAAGAGCCCCAGAGUUGAGGCUCACAAAGAUUUGGUCACUUGGGCAUUGGAGAAAUAUCGGCAAGUUUCGGGAUACACCCCAUCUGCGAUGGAGACUGUACCCCCUUUUGCUCCACCAACGGAUCAAAUUGGCGAUACAGAACCUAAUAAAACCGAUAAAGAAUGGAGAACAAAAAUGGCUGCUCAGAAAAGAGCAAGAAUCAUGGCUCAGAUGGCUGCAAUGCAGAAGAAUUUUAUGAAAGAGAAUGCCAAACUUUUUGAAGAAGCCGUUCUAGAGGCUAACAAAGUAGACGAUCGUGGUUCCAAUAUGGAUCUAACCGAAUGUUUGGAACAGGUACCGGUAGCAGUCGGUACCAAGCAAACAAGUCGUAUGUGCGAAGAAAUAACAUACACUUGUAUAUUAUGUCAGGAGGAUCAACCUAUAACUUUUGCCAGGCCUGCAAUGGUGCUCGCUGCAUUUGUUCAGCAAUCAACCGUUCUAUGCCAAGACAGAGCCAACACCGACGAGCCAAACGCUCUGUAUCUUUCUGCCAAAUUAGGCGCAGCACCUCAUACCAGUACCUGUGGUCACGUUAUGCACGCUCAAUGCUGGCAAAAAUAUUUCGAAAAUGUGCACGAAAAAGAAAAUAGAAGGCCUUACAGGCUCAGACAACCCGCCAGCUUUGAUGUAGAGAAGCAAGAAUACCUUUGCCCUCUCUGCGAAUGUUUAAGUAACACAGUCCUACCGCUGUUACCACCUUUAGGAACCUUGCAGACUUCUGUCAACAGCAAACAAGAUAUAGACUUCUCAGUUUGGUUACAGGCUCUAAAGGUGACAUUGAGCUGCAAAGUUAAAGUGACUCAUGGCGUUAUAGAAUACACAGAAACUAGUCACGAUUUAUAUUGCCGAUACUGUACACUCGUGAAUCCACAAGACACUGUUAAAAACUUUGACCAAGACUUGCCCUUGCAGCAUCAAAUGUUUGCCUGCCCAAUAGAACGGGUAUCCCGGGAACUAGGAGAGGCUGGUGCAUCGUUCGAGUCUCUUUAUUCCCAAACUGGACCUCAGUUAUCUGCAAACUUAAUCGAAAUGGUGCAAUUGUUUGCCCAAGCUACUUACACAAAAGGCCUAGGUGUAGAAGUUCACGAAGGAGAUCCACGUGUGCCAUUACUAGCUUGGAAAUCAACGGCCUACACUAUUCAUGCAAUAGAAUUUCUUCUAAGAGAUAUGGAUAAGCCUCUGCUCGGCGCUCUAUCUUCGAGGCAAAGAGACAGCAUCGAAGGUCUUGUGAGAAUCGCUGCAGUGCUUGGUUCAACUUGGCCAAACAGUACUGUAAUUGGAAAUCAUGCCUUAUGUUUUCUUACUAUGCUCCUAGAAAAUGCACACGACGGCCCCAGUGUAUUAGAUUGGGAUCCCUUGGGCGUUUUGAUUCCAUUGACAAUUUCCCUCAUGAAUCUCUAUAACAUCAAAGCCAAUGCUUUUUCGGGUCUGGUGACCGGCGGUGUGCAAGAAUCUCAUGCUUUGAAAUUAGUCUUUAUAUCGCUCAUUGUCAGGAUUCUUAUCACUAUGGAAUACAACGAGAAUAGAGCAAUGGAUGUGGACGACGGAGAUUGGGGCAACAACAGUGCUGUGUUCAAGUUCGCUGAAGAAUUGGGUCUCAAAAUAGGGAGCUAUACAGCAUCAGAACUCUGGCGACGAGUGCAAACUGGUUGCAUACCCUUCCUUCGAUGCUGCGUUCUGUACUUUCACUACUUAACUGAUGUACCAGCAUCGGUAGAACUAACGGAACGAGGUGGUGAUACUUUCGAAAAUAUGUGUAAAUAUCUGGGUCUUCCUACUAAAUCGCAUGAGUUAUUAGAUUCUGAAGCAGUGUUGAAUAUAGCAAAAGUUUGGAUCACCCACCCCAAAGUGCAGCAGUAUGUGUCUGGCAUCGGCACCGAUCUGGUGACAAAGGAACCGCUAGUGGUGAAUAAACUUGUAGACCUACCAGAAGACUACAGCGAACUGAUAAACACAGUCUCUUUAUUUACCUGCCCUAACAAUGAUAGGGAAGACUCGAGAAAUCCAACAAUGUGCCUUGUUUGCGGCAAAAUGCUCUGUUCGCAAAGCUACUGUUGUCAGACUGAAUUGAAUAAGACUAUAGUGGGUGCUUGCACCUAUCACGCUAGUAAAUGUGGUACAGGAGUCGGAAUUUUUUUGAGGGUUCGAGAAUGCGAGAUAUUAUUCCUAAGAAGUCCAAACAGAGGGUCCCUUGCCUGUCCACCUUAUCUCGAUGAGUAUGGGGAAACAGAUCAAGGCCUGAGAAGAGGCAAUCCUCUACGACUUUGCAAAGAUAGAUAUAAACAGCUGAAUCAAUUAUGGUUGGGGCAUGGCCUACAUGAAACAAUCGCCCGAGCAAUCGAAUCAUCCAGUACACUUUUGACGACGCAGUGGCAACAUCUUUAACCACUCUGGCAAUCUUACAAUAUCUACCGGAUUAACCAAAAAAUACUAAAUUUACGAUUAGUAUAAGUCCAUAGUAAUUAGAUUCAUUGUUUAUCAUUGUUGAUGUUAUUAUUAUUAUUAUUAUUAUUCUUAUUCUUAUUCUUAUUCUUCUUAUUAUUAUUAUUACUUGAGUUUACUUGAGUUUACUCAGAUUUAUGGAAUUAUUUAUUUCUUUAGACAGCAUAAUGUCGAGUCUUUGUAUGUACAUUUAAAUACUGCAAUAUUAUACUAUUUGCAUGGUUCAAAUGAUUUCAGAGUUUACUGAAAUUUCUAAUGUGUAAAUUUGAAUAUCAAUUAUUUUCAAUUAUGAAAAUGUGUAUUUUACUAAUUUCGACUUGCCGUAUAGUUAUAAUAUAGAAAUGAGAAAAAAAUACAAAUAAAACACAAAAAAAAACAAACAAAAUAAAAAGAAAAAAAAGAAAGAAACGAGUGAGAAAAAUAAUAAUUAAUAUAGUUAUAUCGAAAAGCUAAUCCAGUAUAAUAUCAUGUAGAUUUGAAGUCGUAAGAUACAGUACCUAUAAUUAUGUAAGCUAGAAAAUUUGUAUCCGCCAAAUUUGUUGCUAUAAACAUCAAGGUUCGGAUAUACAUAACAUUUAGAAUAAUAAUAAUAAUAAAAAAAAAGAAAGAAAA